GAGAAUCAGGCGCGCGCAUCUGGGAAAGAGAUGUCGCACGAUCUCACGUAUUGUCUCUUUUGGGAACAAGGACUUUGCUUUUGUUCUCUUUUUGUGAGCUGGAGAGAGCUACACACGGUAGAAAAAGUGCGGAUACUUUGUCAGACGGCCUUCAUGGAGGCUGCGAGAUCGCUAGAUCAAAAUCGGGCCCGGCCAGGGUCAUUUCCUUAUUGAGGUUGUUGGUGUUGGAAAGUUGCCAUCAAAACCGUGGCUCUGCCAUGUUUAUCAAGAUUCAGCCGAGUGGGGGCACUCUUCGUGGCGCUCGCUUGCGCACGCUUAUGUGGCUGGCGUUUGUGGGAUGUUGAUCGAGGCUGAAUCUAUCUUUGAUCGGUCGGUCUGAUCCGUCGCAAGACGAAGCAGUCAUGUUCG